GCAGUUUACGAUACGCAUCCAGCAUGGCAGCGUCCGCUGUUUUUCAGGUUCGAAUGGCAGUAAAAUGCAGUGCCAGAUUUCUGUCAGUCUUCUCUUUAGUGUUCGGACUCUUAGCUGUUGGAGCUUUAUCUUUAGCCGUUACGACAGAUUACUGGUUAAAUACGACGGAAGCACUGCGUGAAUUAUCAAUACCACAAGCCGUUGAACAACCUCUUCUUCCAUUAUCGACAGCAACGGAAUUACCAGCCGAGCAAAUAACUUCAGUCAUCCAUCAACAUAAACAAAACCGGACAUUAAUACAAACCACAAUAGUAAAGCUACAUUCUGGCUUAUGGAGGACUUGUAUUUUCUCCAGUUUAAUUAAGCAUCGGUGGAGUACGGAUUUGGAAGCACAUGCUGCUUACGAUAUGCCCAUGGCUCAGUGCUUUACUAUAGGCUAUUUCGGACAGACUUUCGAACGAUUUGAUGGUGCUGAUACCACCAUGUCAAUCAAUAGAUCUAUAAGACGGGCAUCUCCUAUAAUAAUAGCUGGCCUGUUGCUCGAAUUCAUAGCCAUAGCACUGGCCACCAUCGGGAAUACCAGAGGAGACGCAAAAACCAUAGGGGGCGCAGUUUUAUAUAUUUUCUCAGCUCUGGUAAUGGCAGUGGGGAAAAUUGUCUACAUAUCAGCUGUCAAUGAUGAAGUUUCACAUCGUAAAAAGCCCAAUGGAGGACGAGAAGAGGAUGUGUUCGCUUACAACUAUGGGUGGGCAUUCUAUCUCGGUGGAGUAUCGUUUAUUUUUGUAAUGGCGGCUUCGGUGGCAAACAUUACUUUAUAUUUGCAAAGAAAUGACGGGGAAACAGAUGUAAUGACUGUUUUAACGGGUUUAAAGAAAAGGGCAACAAUGGAAUUUUACGAAGAGGAAGAGAAAUAUCGGGAAAUCCCUCAAGUGGAUCGCCCCCAGUCGUCUAGUGAAGAACUUAGGAAUGAAGGUCAUCACACUCUGAUUUUGUGAGAAAUUAUAUUAUAUGCAAAGAGCCUGCAGCGUUCUUGCAGGCGUUAUAUGCCUCUGAGCUUUAAAAAGUCGUAAAUCUUUUUCGUUACUACAUGGCUUAUUGCACAUGGCUUUUUUGUUAUAAAUUUAUGAUAAUUCUUAAUUAAAUAGAUCAAACACGAAAAAGCAUUGAAGGUAUGGAGUUGAUAUGAGAAAAUUUAUUCAGUGAUUGAUAGGGAAGUCACUCGGCCGCAUCCUGAAUAUCAAUCAAAAGAAAAUUAAGUCUAUUAAGAUUUAACAAUUACAUAGAUUUCUUCUACCAAGAGUGUAGUUUCAUGAAAAGUCAAGAUAUUCAUGAAAAAGUAACAAAAGAGAGAGAGAGAGAGAGAGAGGGAAAGGAAGUUUUUCUUUAAUGGAUUUAACAACUUUUCACUAUAUGGUUUAGCGUUGCAACAGACCAACCGUACUUCCUAUAUACAGAAUUAAUCAAUUAGCUUUCUAGACACUUUUAAGUAUUCGACCUCUUCAAAAUCAAUUUAUUUUUUUUUUUUGGGUAAAUUUAGAUAUCUUUAUUUUGACAAAAGCGUCCUUUAAAUCAUUUUGAUAUUACAAUUUAAAAUGAUUUAGUAGUAGUCUAAAGGCUACUGGCAAACUAAGGCUUUCUAAUCAUGGAUCACAGCGUGCAAAGAAACUAUUCCUUACAGUUAGCUGUUGAUCCUAAUGAACUUUUAUAUUCUAUCGAUAUCAGCCUGCUAUUUAGCUUUUACAAUCCCUUAGAAAAGGUAGUAUUACUCCUUAAUGGAAGGGAAAUUAGUUACGGGUAAAAAGAAAUUUUUUGCAGGUUUUCUUGACAAGAAAUCGGCCUAAAUGCUGGAGAAAAAAUAUCAAACGUUGGUUAGAAAUUAAACCAGAAUAUUUCAUAAGCAAGAAAAUAAAUGAAAAAAGAGCGGUUUUAUUAUUCUUACUAAAAGUAACCAAAUGACGAGAUAAAAUGGGGACAAGUAAAUCUUUAGAAGCUCAAUAGAUACAUAAAAAAAUUAACUCAAUUGAUUCGGAACUACAUAUUCAUCUUUCUUUAUUUUGUAAAGAAAUUGAGUAAAUCUCCACUGACCAAUUUAAGGUAUUCAGAUGAGCAUCUAGCGUUUAAUCGACUGCGUCACAAAAAGACUUUAAAAUAAACUAACUAGCAAUUGGAAUUGAUUAUUAUAGUCAGCAAUGAAAUUUCUUUCAACAAUCUAUAGUAAAUACGAUUAAAGAUCUUAUUGUUAAUUUUAGUGCCUCCGUAUAAAAAGAACUGGAAGUAGAAGUCCCUUGAUAUUUCUCAAAUCAAGUUUAGAGUAUAAAAUUGAUUCGAAAAUUAAUUCUAAAGCUAUAAACAUAUUUUGUAAUAAAAAUUCUGAUCCCAGUAAACAAUUAUAAACUCA